ACAAUUAAGCGAUAGUUAUGAGGUAGAUAUUUGUGACUUUUUUACAGACGCCAUUUUUUUCAUUGUGACGUCAUUUGUUUAAAAGUUUAAAAUAUGCGAGUGAAUAAUUAAAUUUGUUUUUUUGUUUUUUUUUAUCGAAAUAUUAGACAUCAAUUAAUGAUUCUAAGCUAAAAAUGACAGACAUUUUGAAUAAUAACUAUAAUAAUUACCUUAGUUUUAUGGCUGGGUUAAAACAAAAGCGGUUGUGCGACGUCUGUAAACGGGGGUUUUCAGGGUAAAACGGACAAAUUAAAAAUAGUUCAGGGGCUUCAUGCGCCAUGAAUCUGCUAUGGCAGCAUAUAGACAUAUUGUUCUAUCAGACACAACAGUUCGUUGUUUUGGCUUAAAAUACAGCAGUUUCUUUUAAAGAGGAGUGCAAAAGCAGAAACUGCAUAGUUUAAUUUGAUGGAUGAAUAUAUUUUAAGUUUUAGCAAGGUAGAAGAAUAAGAGGCGAGUUCCGAGCUCCAGGUUUGUUUCUAUCGCCAUGACGGGCGUGAGGAAGGGGUACGGUCUGAACUAUCUUCCUCAACAUUUGAGCACUCUGGGAAAGAAAUACUGUAUAUCAUUUGGUAAUGCUUUGACAGCAUCCAUAAAGACGAUUUUAUUAACAACUUCAUAGCUUUGAUGUGAUGGUUGGUGUAGCAGGUCACUUCCUGUUGAUUUUAAGCCAUUUUGGGUUCACUUCCUGUGGAUUUGGGGGCAUUUCGGGUUCACUUACUGUACAUAUUGGGUCACUUCCUGUUGAUUUUGAGGCAUUCCAGGGUCACUCCCUGUUGAUUUGGGGGCAUAUCGGGGUCACUUCCUGUUGAUACUGGGUCACUUGGGUUGGAAAUCAAUAGGAGUGAAUGGAAGUUUUUGUGCUACUGGAAUGAAUGGCAAACAGGGCCAUUGGAAAUGAAUAGGAGAUGCUGGCCUUUGGAAAUGAAUGGAUGUUUCUGGCAAAUUUUGGCCGAACCAUAUGUCUUUAGCAUAAACUGAAUUGGACUUUUCUACCCCUCACCAUCCUGAAUUUUUGAUGUAUAAAUGAAGUGAUUUAGACAAAAAUUGUAGGACGAGCGUUUUUUUUUUUCUUUCAAAAAACUUGCGUUUUUGGGCAAACAGUCAUUUUUAUCAUGAGUCAUUAAGAUUCGUAGCUAGUUUUUGUUGUUGUUUUACAGACAUCGUUAAUACAGUUUGUAGCAGCUGAAGUUUACCAUCACUGUAAAGGUCGAGCUGUUGUAGCUUGGGCCAAACUUGGUGAUGAUUCAGGAAGAAGUGUAGAAAAGCAAUUUAAACCCCGCCAAAAUGAAAUCUUUACUGUUACUAUGACAACACGCUAACGCGAACAGGAGUUUCCUGCCAUUCUUUAAGCGCUUCCUACAGGAAGCAUCUGUGUUGCCGUGACAACAACUGGACUAAGCAGAGAUGUGGAAUAUCAGUGAUUUUCUCUCACACACACACACACAUGCACACAGAUUCCGAUUUACCCUCAAGUCAUUAAGCUCAAUUAGCGGCAAGCAAGAUGAGCUUCAUCCUUCCUGUUCGACGUUCUUUCUGUGUGUUGGGAUUUUGAGAAGGCGGCUCGCUGUAUCAAGACGCCACACACUUCCUGUCCUGGCAGGAAGCUGCGAGCCGGGCGAGUUCCGGACGUCCGGGGGGGGGCUGCGAGCCUUGGAGGCAGAGGGUAAAAUCGCCAGUCGAUGGGAGAAAACUUGCGGGCGACACAAGAAAGAAAAAUCGCAAGAGUUGGGAACACCAUGUUCUUGCCCUGCUUCCUGCGCUUGUGGCUUUUGGCCCUUAUGCUGAGGUCGUCGGCAGCCGCCCCCGAAUCGGGCCCGCGCUACGGGCCAGUUCACGAUGCGCUCACCUUCGAGCGAGCGCAGGAGGCGUGCGGGCAUCGGGGCCUGGCCUCCUUCGCCAAACCCGGGGAAUUCGUCCGACUCCUCAAGUCAGUGCCUGCCGGCCCGUCCGUCUUCUGGGUGGGCCUGAAGAAAGCCAAGAACCAGUGCGUGGUGCCCUCGCUGCCUCUCAGAGGGUUCAAGUGGGCCCGCGGGGGCGGCGAGGACGCCGACGACACAAGCUGGGCCAGAGAGCCAGAACAAACCUGCACCUCGGUUCUCUGUGCGGGCCUAUCCGUCGAGUCGGACGGGUCCCGAGGUCUCAUACCUCUCAGCUGCAAGUCGCACCACCCCUUCAUCUGCAACCUGGAGUCGCAGGCCCGACCGACAACUGAGCCUGCAAUACCUCGGCCCACAGGAACUCCUCAACCGGCGGCCCCUGGAACAGAAUUACUGGAACCGCCGAUGACUGCGACGACUGAACCCGGAACUGUCCGAACUGAAUCUGCCGCACCCAAAACACAGAGGCCAGACCCUGCCACUCCGGGACCGGACAAACUUGAACCGUCUGAGAAAAGUCCUGGCUUAGCAGAACCGCCAACACCGGAGUCCACCAGACCAGAAGCGGAGGAACCUGAAAAUAGACCUGAUGGCUUCGACGGUUCAGAAUCGGAGUCUGUGUCGUGCCCCCGCCCGGCGGUGGCCGGCGCCCGCUUCCUCACUUUGGACCCCGACAACAGCGGCAAAAUCCGAGUGGACUGCUGGUCCAAAGUCCGUCUGGAACUGCACUGCCGACACCCGGCCGGCGGGUGGCGUCUGCCAGGUGGCGCCCCCGCCAACCUGAGCUCCGUCUGCACCCCGUGCCCGAGCGGGUACCGCAAGAACGUGUCUGGGGACUGCGAGGACGUGGACGAGUGCUCGGGCCCGCACGGGUGCCGUGACACCUGCGUCAACACGGCGGGCUCGUUCAAGUGCGUGUGUGCCGACCCAUCGGGGUCCGAGGACAGGACGGAGUGCGAGCCCGCCGAAGCCGGCGACCCGGGGCCCUUCUCGGGAGUCUUGGUACCCGCCCUGGUGGGGGCGGGCUUGCUGCUGCUUGUUCUGCUGCUCGUCGCUUUGGUGACUGUCAAAUGCUGCUUGAAGCGGCGAAGGAAGAAGGAUGAGGAGACAAAAGACAAGUUAGCCACAUGAUGGGCGCCGAUGUCGACAUCGCACUUAGGAAGCGGUUUCUUUAUCAACUUACUGAUAUUGUCAUUGUGACAAUCAUUCACUGAUUUUUAUGAUUUGACCCUCGUUCAUUUCAUGUCUUUAAUGUGAUCACUUUCACAUUUCAACUUGAUAAAUCUUUUGUUUUAGCGUGAGAAAUACUGUAUAUUUAACCUGAUAAAAUUCUCAUUUUAACAUGAGAAAUUUUACAUUUCAACCUGUUCAAUUGUAUUUAAGAUGAUACAUCUCAAGUUUUAACAAGUAAUUUCACAUUUUGACUCGAUACAUUUCGUGCAUAACUCCCAAACAAAAAAACAAAUUCAACCGCAUAGAUUUAACAUCUUUACCAUGAUGUGUUAUCAGGAGAAAUUUCACAUUUAAAUGAGAACUUUCCCAUUUUUUUCUUUGAUAAAUUUUACAUUUAAUGUGAGAAAAUGAAUGAUACAUUUCACAUUUACCUUUAAAAAAUUCUCGUACCAUGACAAAUUUCACAUUUCAAUGUGAUCCAUCACCUUUCGACAUAAAUUUCACAUUAACGUGUUAAACUUGAGGUUUUAACAUAAAUUUCAAAUGUGAAUGUGAGACAUUUCCUGUUUAAAACAUGCUAAAUUUCACAUUUUAAUGAGAAAAAUUCCAACUUGAGAAAUUUCAUGAUAAAGUGAGCCUCGUGAGGCCAAGCGGAACGGAAGCUGAAUAGUCUAAUGACUGAAGUAAAAACUUUUAAUCUUCCUUCUUUAAUCAUCCUGUUGAAUUUGAUUGGGAGUGCCUGAGUGGACAGGAUAGGGUGUCUAUCCCCCUUUAAUAAUAGCCAAUGAGCUAAAUAAUCAAACAUCCCUGAACUCACACAAAAUUGUUUAUACGUAGACACUGACAAAGACACACGUGUGCACUCUUGUAGACGCGGAAGGGAAAACUGCGUCCUCUGGUGGCAACAGAAAAAGGUGCAGCUCCAGAGGAAAUGAAGGGUCCGCUGCACUUCUCAGAUUAGCCAUUAGAUGGCAGUGUCCAUUCGUCAAUCAUCGACACGCUGUAGGUUAUCGGUUGAAGUCGAUCAAAGGGCGCGAUUUUGAGUAACGGUGUGGAUGACGUCAAUAGCCACGUGAUACGUUGUGAAAAUGAUCGACAGCUUAUUAUGACAUUCCAAUCAUUCAGUUAUUAAACCCAUAAUUUCUGCCAUUGUCGGCGGUGGACUUCCAAUUUAUUUGGACUGGGACUUUCAUGGCAAAUGGAUCGGACGUCUAUUGCCGUCAAUGGCAAGUAAAGUUCAAAUUUGGAACAUGUUCUUUUUGUUCUACUCACGUUGAAAUCCAAAUAGUAACCAUGUUUUCUAAGUGAUAUUCCUGUUUUGUUUUUUUUGUUUUUUAAUAUUCCAAGUAUUGUGUGUUUGAAUAAUGACGUGCAAAUUUAUUAAAACACUUAUGGUCACUUUUUCUUUAAAUCACACAUGAGCACUUUUUUUUUCAGUAUUCUUGAUUUUAUGCACCUGGAAUUGUUGAUCAAUGUUAAAAACCUCAUUUUGCGUUUUUUUUUUUUUUUUUUUUCUCCCUUUAGCAAACAAAUUGUUUCAUAUCAAACAAUUGUUUUGACUAUUUGUGGUAGCGUUCCGUUUAUUUG